AUGUCCUCGACGCACCUGAGCUCCCCGGCGCCCAACCAGAGCUACCUUUCCACGGCCACCUACGAGAAGACGGACCCCUUGGAGGUGGAGAGGCAGAUCCGCCUGGUGCUUUUCGGCUUGUGCGUAACCAUCGCCGCCGCUACCUUUGUUGGGGGUGUAUAUUCGCUCCUCUCCUUACUCCGGAUGAGGAGAAAAACCUCCCUCUGUCUCAUUGUUGCUUCCAUGUCGGUGGACGACCUGCUCAGCGUGGUCCCACUCUCCCUUUUCAUGCUUCUACAGUGGGAGAGAGAUGGAGGUGGAAAGUCGGGGAGCCUGUGCACUUUAUCGGGACUCCUCUAUGUGUUCCAGGGUGUUUCCAGCAAUAUGAAGGCUUGUCUGAUAGCAGCCUACACUUUUUAUGUUACAAAGAGGUUUGGAGUGCUUCAGUCUGUCCGCCGGCCCGUCAGAGUGAUGUGGGCCAUAGCCGCCGUGUGGGCGGUCAGCCUGGCCGUCAGCGUGUUACCUUUGUGUGGAUGGGGCAGAUUUACACCUGCCUCUCUCGGAUGUUUCCCAGAGAGCGACAGCCUUUACAUCCUGCUGCUUUUCUCUGUGUACACCCUCUGUUUCUGCGGCUUGCUGUUUUUCUUCAUCCCCCUCACCUACCAGCUGCUGUGCUCCAGAGAGCCCCAGAGGACCUUGCUCUACCCGAGCUAUAUGGAGAUAGCGAGGGGAAUGAGUGGCUCAGCUCCCCUCUGUGAUCUCCCGUCCUUCUCCCGGGACAGCCUUGACAAAAGUUUCGGUGCCUACAACGAACUGAGCCCGGGCUCGUUUGGGACAGGGCAGGAGCUCAGGGGCAAAGUGGAGACCUGUCAGUCCCCGGGAUCAGAGUCCGGGCAGAGAAAUGCCGCUGUUGGCGACACACCGGUGGUGUUUGCACAAAAGCGCUUCUCCAUGAUCCUGGCGGUUGUUCGGGUGAUUUUAUGGAUGCCAAUGAUGACUUUAGUGCUGGUGCGCCACACUGUGAAUGCACGCAGUUCAUCUCUGGAGACCCUGAGUUUCUUCCUCACCUUGCUUGCCCCUGCGGUCACUCCGCUCUUUGUGCUGUCCGAGCGAUGGAUCCACAUGCCCUGCGGUUGCUUUAUCAACUGCAAACGGGAUCCAACACAGGAACCCUCAGUGAUGAAAAGAAAGUUGGAGUUCAACCUCUCAUUCCAGCAAGGCUAUGGAGUGUACAAGCUAUCCCAUGCCACCAAGUCUGACCACAGCCCGUCCAUCGAGAAGCCGGCCUACCACAGCCUCUUUAACUGUGACUUCCCUAGCACCCGCCUCCAUACGCUGGAGAGUGGUGGCCUCUCGAGCCUGGAGGCUGAUUUUGACUUCAGCACCACAUGCCCGGUGGACAGCUCCUCUCAUGCAGACCUGCUCCUGGAGGCAGUGGCUGGCGGAGGAGAGGCCCUUGCUGAUUGUGCUCCACUUCCCCAUGAGAGCCACGGCGAUGACGAUGACUUCCGCUGCGUCCCUUCGCUACCCUCUCUCUCUGGCCACCACCGGGAGCAGGACCACAACCUCACUGACACGUCAUCAGUGUUCGAGGGGCCAGAGAGGAGGCUGUCGCAUGAGGAGUGUCGGAAGAUUGAGCUGACAGACUGGGAGUGGUGCAGGAGUAAAUCAGAGAGAACACCCAGACAGCGGUCAACAGGUGGACUGUCGAUCCCCCUGUGCGCCUUCCAGGGCACUGUAUCUCUGCAAGCCCCCACUGGGAAGACCCUCUCUCUCUCCACCUAUGAGGUCAGCAGCGACGGCCUCAAAAUCUCCCCCAACAAUGCCAAGAAGGUGGAGGUGUACCGCUCCAAAUCGGUCGGCCACGAGCCCAGUGCUGACGACCCCGCAUCAGGAGGCCAGGCCUGCGAUGUGAGCACCAACGGUAUAGGGAUGGAGUUAGGAAUAGGCAUGGGCAUAGGAGGCGGGGUGGGCGACACCAACGUCAAGAUCCACCUGGAAGUCCUGGAGAUUUGUGACAAUGAGGAGGCCAUGGACAGCGUCUCCAUCGUCUCCAACAUAAGCCAGUCCUCCACGCACGCCCGCUCCCCGUCGCUGCGUUACUCGCGCAGGGAGAACCGCUUUGUCUCCUGCGACCUGGGGGAGACAGCCUCCUACUCGCUGCUCAUCCCCAGCAGCGGCAACCCGGAGGCAGACAGCAUCAACAUCAGUAUUCCUGACACGGUGGAGGCCCACAGGCAGAAUAGCCGACGACAGACCCAGGAGAGCUGUGGUUAUCGGGAGGAGAUACAGCUGCUGAACGAGGCCUACAGGAAGCAAGCCGGGGAGAGGGAAGAAUGACACCCAGAUGGGGAGGGUAGACAGAGGACCCCAGAAGUCCUACACAGGCAGGGAGGAGGUCAAAAUAGCACAUCAGACUGAAAAGGAUAAUAGACAAGUAGGCUAUUAAAACGUUACACAUUCGCUUCUUUUUGAUCGCUGUUGUGACUGAAACGGGGACUUUGUUUGUUUAAGACUGUUAUCAUAACCUGUCUGCAUCCUUUUGCACUUCCUCCUCAGUUUGCUUCGGGACAGCAUAUAGAGUGCAUCACCUGUCAGUAGAGUACAUGAAGACAGAUUAGACAGUAAAAGAGGUAGCGGCAGAGAGAGUAGUAAAUUGUAGCGAGAGGCAUAGCGAG